AUGAGAGCGGACCGACACCUUGCGAAGGCAUCUUCGUCAGAUAACAUUCGACCUUCGACUCCGGAGAGAAGAACCAGCAGUCCUUUCACACUCCCAAUCCAGGGGACAACGAAUCUAUCGCUACAUACAGAUUUUGAGAAGAGACCCCACUCUGCGUGUUCAUUUGUUUCCUCGGCUCCUUCUUUAGAGCUAACGAACUAUGAUUCCAACGUUGGAAGUCCCCUUCACACAAGGGAGCAGCGUAGUCAAUACCUGCCUGAAGUUUUGGAGAGAGAACGUAGGGCUCGUCAACGAGAGGACGAUGAGCACACGCGGAAAGAACAAGAAAUCCAAAGGAUGAGACAAUAUCAGAAGGAACUCAACAGCAGUCACAGAUUGAGCGCUAUCAGCCAAAUCUCCGAUAACCAACAAGAGGAUUCACAUCAAAAUACUCCACAGGAAGAGUCUCCCCGAGGAAGACAAGAUUCGAUUGCUUCAACCUUGGGAGCGGACUCGGAGGCGCCCUUAAGGUCCCAACGGGGACGUCGAAUCCGAAGCGUCUCUUCGGCGGGCCAACUUUCUACCCCGGUCUGCCGGAACUCAGUCGUCAGCUCGUCUCUGAGAAGAGUAUCUCGUGCUAUGACGUUUGCCGGUAGAACAGACUCUACACAUAUUGAUUACUACUCGAGAAGACAGCACAUCGAUUUGGCUACUUUGAAAACAAUCAGCCCGUCAUCAAAGAGCCUUUUCAACUUGACUUCCAAAGGCUCCAUCAUAACGAGGGACGGCUCCCAGCCUCCUCAUAAAUCAGAUGGAAGCCUUCUAGAUACUGAAGCGCAGCGAGAGAAGGGCGAAUUUCACUAUCCCGACGGGGGUUUCCACGCCUGGGUUCAGGUAUUUGCUGCCUUCCUCCUUCUCUGCACCGGAUGGGGCAUUGUCGUGUCCUACGGUGUUUUUGAAACCUACUACAGCACUGGUUUGGAGAAGCCGUUGGCAAAUUCUGCCGGAACAUCCCUAAUAGGAUCGAUCCAGGCUUUCCUUUUGCUUUUCGUGGGCUUCUUCACCGGUCGUCUUUACGACGCAGGACAUUUCAGAGCCAUCAUGUCGACUGGAAGCAUUCUCAUGUGGCUAGGAUUGUUCACUACCGGGUUCUGUGGCCAGGUCUAUUGGAAAAUCCUCCUCUGCCAGGGCAUUAUCACUGGAACUGGGAUGGGUUUCCUGUUCACUCCUUCGGUCGCCAUCGUUUCAACGUAUUUUUACAAAAAGAGGGCUCUGGCAAACGGAUUCGUCGCAUCUGGGAGUUCCGUCGGCGGCAUUAUUUUCCCGAUUCUUACUCGGAAAUUGAUACCCGCCCUUGGUUUCAGAUACGCGAUGAUUGCAAACUCAUUCAUUGUACUCUCCCUCCUUAUCCUCAGCAACCUCAUCCUCCAACCACGAAAAGACAUCCCACCAAGAACCAGAGGUCCUAUGAUCGACUUCAAGUCGUUCAAGGAUCCAACAUACAUGCUAUUUGUUUUUGGAAUGCUUGCGGCAUACUCCGGCCUCUACAUGCCGUUCUUCUAUGUUGAGGUUUGGGCUAAGAAGAUGGGAUUGGACAAGCAUGGUCUCGAGACUUUCUAUCUCGUCAGCAUUCUUAAUGGGGCUAGCACCUUUGGAAGGGUGCUCCCCAACUUCAUUGCUGAUAGAAUUGGUUCCAUAAACAUGCAAAUUCCUGCCAUGAUAAUAUCUGGUAUUCUCAUCCUCUGCUGGUUGCCCAUGACCUCAUUCAAUGAACUCAUACUCUUCGUUGUUCUUUACGGAUUUUUUUCUGGGGUAUUCAUAUCCCUACCGCCGGCUUCGGUCGCAUCUAUCACACCGGACGUAACCUACUUUGGAGUGCGGAUGGGGAUGAUGUUCAGUAUCGCUUCCGUUGGAAGUUUGACAGGGACACCCAUCUCCGGUGCCUUGAUCCAUGCUCAAGGCGGAAGUCUCGAUGGGGCAAGGAUUUGGAGUGGGUGCAUCAUGCUGUCUAGUGCUGCCCUCAUUAUCGCUGCUAGAAUCAACGCAAGCGGAUGGAAAUGGCGAUGCAAAAUCUAA